CUCAUUGAAGGGGGAGGGGAGUGAAAGUAUAGAGGAAGAGAGGGGGAUUUAACAUUCACUAAAAAAGGCGACACCAGCAGAGAAUGCGCGAUGGAGAAAAACGACAGAGGUGAGGAAGAAGAGGAAGAACAGAGGCGAGAGAGGGGGGAGGCAGGUCGUUUGUAUAGUUUGUGCCCCACUGGGAAGAAGUUCCGGAGCAAGCCUCAAUUGGCCCGUUACCUUGGCAACUCCAUGGAUCUCAGCUCCUUUGAUUUCCGCACAGGCAAGAUGCUAAUGAGCAAACUGAACAAGACCAGACAGAGACCCCGAUAUGACAACAACAGCCAGACUAAGGGUAAACCCGACCUGAAUACGUCCCUCCCAGUACGACAGACGGCCUCCAUCUUCAAACAGCCUGUCACAAAAGUUACCAACCACCCCAGCAAUAAGGUUAAAACUGACCCACAGAAGGCCAUUGACCAGCCCAGACAGCUUUUUUGGGAGAAGAAGUUGAGCGGCCUCAAUGCCUUUGACAUAGCAGAGGAGUUGGUGAAAACGAUGGAUCUCCCCAAAGGCUUACAAGGAGUGGGCCCUGGCUGCACAGAUAAGACCUUGUUGUCAGCUAUUGCCAGCGCUCUUCACACCAGUGCGGCCCCCAUCACGGGCCAGCUGUCCGCCGCUGUGGAGAAGAACCCCGGAGUGUGGCUCAACACGGCUCAGCCUCUCUGCAAGGCCUUCAUCGUCACAGACGAGGAUAUCAGGAAGCAAGAGGAGCUGGUGUACAGCGUGAGGAAGCGUUUGGAGGAGGCUCUGAUGGCUGACAUGUUGGCUCAUGUUGAGGAAACAUCUAGUGAGGGUGACGCACUCAAACAGGAGGGGAAUUGCAAUGAUGAUAAACAGGAAGUAUAGCAAAGGGCAUUCAAGUGUUGUCUGAAUUACCUGCACAUGAGUUUCCCAACACAACCGGAUGCUCGCUGAUCAACAAACCAAACCAAUCGCUGAAUAUCCAUGUGCGCCCACCAGUUGGGAUCUCGCAGAGACUACAUUUUCAGGCAUUGUUUCUGUUUUUGUAUUUCAAUUUUUUUUUCUAUUUGGAACAUUUUCGAAAAGAGCAAAAUGUUCGAAAAGUUCAGCAGUUGAACUGCCUUCUGUAUUAAAUGUUUUGAGGUUUUGUUUUUUUGAAAGAGGGGGUAUUUGGAUUUAAUAGGGACAUGACAAUCAAGUCAAAAAUACAGUCCUCUAGUUCUAGUGGGUGCUAAACUUUGUCACAGACGACCUAAACUGAUCAGUUGAUUAUUCUCUGUGACUUAACAUGUUUAAAGCUCUGUCAAAGAGAGAAAGGUAUGUUUGUGGGGGAAAAAAAUGUACUUUCUCUCUUAUUUUCACCUAUUUUACUCUUUCUUAAUCAAACCAAGGUGCAAAUCAGUAUUAUGCUGUUUAAAUUCAGUAUUUUCUGUGUGUUAUUCUCAAUGUUUUAUUGGGGAUAUAAGGCACUGAUAAACUAUUACAAAGUUUGCAGGUAUGGCUUUGUUUUAUGUCAGGUUUUUUUUUUUUUUUUUCAACUGAUCUGGUGCUUCUUAAAACUGUCCGAUUUUUUCCUUAUAAGCUAUUCAUACUCGGCACUAAAAAAUAAUUCGACAGUCUGAACCUGAAAUUGCAAUGUGAAUGGUGAUUCAUAAAACGUGACACGUGAUUCACAUAAAGUGAUGGGCAAACAUCAUCCUGAGAAAAGCAACUUAAUUAAAUGUAGCCGGGCGAAUAAAGUAUGUUUUAAAAAAUAAAAAAAGUUUUGUUCAUAGCCCACAGCAGCACACCGAUGUUCAUGUUCCCUCCUGCGUUUCUUAAAAUAAAAUGUUCUUGUGUUGAAUA